UGAUUAGCUUAUCAUUUUGAAAUAUGUCCAUUGCAGGUUUUACUGGUUGUGGAGAGAGAGAUCAUUUUUCUAGAUUCUGUACUCCCUGGUGGUUUUGGAGAUGACUCGUACAAAACGAUAUUUAGGUUAAGAGAGAGGAAAAAGUUGCCCUUGUUCAGUGGCUUUUACCAAUAAUAUUUUACGCAAGAGCCAUGUUCUGUGGCUGCUGAUUUACACAAAAGCCUUGUUCUAUGGCUGAUGAUUUACAAAAAGCCUUGUUCUAUGGCUGAUGAUUUACAAAAAGCCUUGUUCUAUGGCUGAAAAUUAACAAAAAGCCUUGUUCUAUGGCUAAUGAUUUACAAAAAGCCUUGUUCUAUGGCUGAUGAUUUACAAAAAGCCUUGUUCUAUGGCUGCUUAUUUAUAGCUUUGUUCUUUUGUUUUAUGUUUACGCAGAAGCCUUGUUCGAUGGCUGUAGGAUUAGGUCUCAUUUUAUGAAACUAGACCAUGGAGAACAAUUGUAUGACUAUAGGUUUCAGUAAGUGUGUGUCCAUAAUUAAUUUUUUUUUCCAUUUUAUGUGCAGACAUAUUGCAGGCCAGAUUGACCCAAGACCCUGGACAGAGAAGACCGGCAGAAGUUUUGAUCACUUCCCUCAACAAACUUCUGGGAACUACUGUGGCAUCCUUAUACUCAUUUAUGCCCUCUGUAUCUGCACCAAUACCCCAUUUAUCUUCACAGAGAAUGAUGUGCCAUUAAUCCGCCAGUGGUGGUGCAUCCUACUGAUGGAAAGAUUUCAGAUUGAAGGACAUGGCCAGAGGUUUGCUUUCUGGACUGACAAGGCUAGCAGGCUAUUGCAAGGGACCCUUCAGCCACUUUUUAGGGUAUCUAGGUCAAUCACUUCAGACAUUCCACCUCAUGUGCAAACCAUGGUCAACCGCACAGCCCAAGAAAAGAAGCUGGUAGACUUUGCUGUACAAGACCAUGGAGUCCGGCAACAUUUGUUGGGUGUACUCUGUGGAAAAGAGCCUUCGAAGUGGCUCAGCAGAAUCCAGAAGGGAUCAUCUCUACGGGUGCCAGUGUACCUGGACUCGGAGGAAGAACAGGACUCCCUAUUUUUCUAUCUUCAGGAUGUCCUGAAAUCUGCACCAGUAGAAUUCCACAUUGAGGAUCAAGUGCAGUUCAUUUUGGAUGUUUUGUUCCCAGAGUGCAUCACCCAAGCCAUGUCUACACUACAGGGAAUAACUAUACAAGAGGCUGAAGAGUUGUUUCUUUCAGGUCCUAACUACAGCAGAAGGUAAAAACAGUUACCUGUGUUUGAAAUAUCUGUAUGAAUGUUUAUUUAUUGUGACUACCAUUUUAAUUGGGUGGGUGGUUGCGUGUUUGUGUCGGGGUA